AUACUGUGCUUCUUGUACUUGCACUUCACCUCUACCGAAAUAUAUCAAAGAUGGCUACUAGUGUAAAAGAUCCCUUGAACGUUGAUAUUAACUCCAUUAAAAAGGGUGAAAUCCGUAUGGGUACAACCAUUACAGCCCUUAAAUACAAUGAAGGAGUGAUACUAGCCGCCGAUUCCAGGACGACAAUGGGUGCUUAUAUCGCCAACCGCGUGACGGACAAGUUGACUCAACUAACUGACAACAUUUGGUGCUGUAGAAGUGGUUCUGCCGCAGAUACUCAAGCAGUAGCCGACAUUUUGAAGUACUAUCUUUCCAUGUACGAAGUUCAAUAUGGUAUUGCUCCUACAGUUCACACAGCCGCGACUUUGGCUUCAGAAUUAUGCUAUGCGAAUAAAAACAUGUUAAGCGCUGGUCUCAUUAUUGGUGGCUAUGAUGAGAAAACUGGUGGUGAAGUUUACAGUAUUCCUUUGGGAGGAAGUCUUCAUAAGCAACCUUUAGCGAUUGGAGGUAGUGGUUCAGCGUUCAUUUACGGGUUUUGUGAUGCAAAUUUUAAAGAAAAUAUGACAAAGGAACAGGCUGUUGAAUUCCUUAGAUACGCUGUCGCCCUUGCUAUGGAACGCGAUGGUAGCAGCGGUGGCACCAUUCGAAUGGUAAUCUUGAACAAAGAAGGAAUGGAGCGUAAAUUUUUUGCAAUUAACACCGAGAACCCUAUUCCUAGCUUUAACCACUAAAUUUCUGCGCACCUAAAGAUUUAGUAAGAUUGUGGUUAUACUUAUGCAUCUUUUUUUAAAUGGACUACUUAACUCAAUACCUUUCCAUGACUACUUUUUUUAGAGAAAUUGUUGAUUAUAUAGUGAUGACAACCCGUACAAUGCAAAUAGAAUUUACAAUAUUUCCUUUUAUAUAUUUUUGGAAUUCGGUCUACAAUCAUAAGAUUUGGUCAACCUUCCAGUCCCAUAAUUAAGAAAAAUUAAAUGUAUUCCAUUAGAG